AUGGAUCAUGAGGUGGUUGAAGUAAUGGAGGUUGAUCAACUUGUCUCAGCCGUUAUCAGAGUGCUAAGAGAAGUUAGUACAAUGGGAAUUUCAGUAUUCCAAAUGGUGUUGGUUUUCUUGUCAGCUCCAGUUUCUAAGCCAAUUAACAAAUGGUCUCUGGUUUCAAGAUUGGUAAACAAGGGAGAUCAAGACAAUGUAAAUGAGAUAGAAAGUGCUGAUUUUGCAUUAAACAGCCUUUUAAAGUGUGGCUCAAGUGAAGUGGAGAAAAUCCAGUUUGCACAGAACAGAUUGGAAAAUCUGGAAACUCAUUUUGAAUGCAUCGAGGAUGGCCUGGACAACAUAUUUAGAUGCUUGAUCAGAUCAAGGAGUACACUCCUGAAUGUUGUCUCUUGCCAAUGA